AUGAAGGCUCUCUCUGUUUUCAUCGCUGUUGCGUCUCUCUGCUCCAGUGUGAGUGCACUGGGUCAGAAUGCGACCGUUACCACGCAGUCUGGCGCGGGAUCGCUCAUGCUUGCUGGCCACGGCCAGUCUGGACAGAUUCUCCUGAGUGCGAAUGAUUGGUUUGGUGUGCUUCGCGCAGCAGAGGAUCUGGCUGGGGACUUUGGCAAGGUCACGGGGAAGAAUUUGACAUUGGGACACUGGUCAAGUGGCGCCUCGAAACGAGAUGCAGGUGCAGAGAAGAGAGCUUCAGGGUGGGCGUCUCCUGCUGUAGGAAAUGGGACUCAUCCUGGCGGAAGCUGGGUCGAUGGCAAUGGACCGAACAGCUCAGUACAUGAUGUGGUGCAAACUCAGGGCAGCAGCAACAAUGCUUUCUAUGUCUUCAAUCCUACUACAAACGAAAUCAACUAUACAGUUGGCCCGGCUCAAAACUUCACUGGACCCACACUCAUCACCAUGUCCGAGAGUAAAGCUAUCACAACUGUCAUUAUCGCUGGCACAAUAGGCAAAUCAGACGUCAUCAACUCUAUGAUCUCCUCUGAAAAACUCGAUGUGUCUUCCAUUACUGGAAAUUGGGAAUCAUUCAUUUCCCAAGUCAUCGAUUCUCCCGUCCCAGGCGUGGACAAAGCCAUGGUCAUUGCGGGAAGUGAUAUGAGAGGCACAAUUUAUGGACUCUACGAUGUCAGCGAGCAGAUUGGUGUCAGUCCGUGGUACUGGUGGGCCGAUGUACCUCCAAAGAGUCAGGAUGCCCUCUAUGCGAAUGGAGUGAAGAAAGUGCAGAAGAGUCCAAGUGUAAAGUAUAGGGGGAUCUUCAUCAAUGAUGAGCAACCUGCUUUGACGAAUUGGAUCAAUAAUAAUUAUGCUCCUGGAAAAUACGGACCAGGCUUCAAUCAUUACUUUUACUCCCAUGUUUUCGAGCUGUUGCUUAGACUGAGGGCAAACUACUUCUGGCCAGCUCAGUGGGCGAGUAUGUUUAAUGUGGACGAUACAGCCAAUCAACCGUUAGCUGAUGCCUAUGGUAUCGUGAUGGGUACGAGCCAUACUGAACCAAUGAUGCGAGCAACGAACGAAUGGAACAAUUUUGGGACGCAGUACGGAGGGAAUGGCCAGUGGGCUUUCAAUUCGAAUAACGCAUCCAUCAUUCCAUUCUUCACAUACGGUACCCAGAGAGCGAAGCCUUACGCUUCUAACAGUCUAUUCACAGUGGCUAUGCGAGGUAGCGGAGAUACAUCCAUUGGUCUUUCGGAUGCUCAAGCAAUUGUCGUGCUCGAGGCAACUAUCAAGGCUCAGCGGCAAAUUUUCACAGAAGUCUUUAAUGGGACGAACGUGUCCGAUAUUCCUCAAAUGUGGUGUCUAUACAAAGAAGUUCAGGGCUACUAUGAGAAUGAGGGGCUGACAGUACCCGAUGAUGUCACGCUGCUCUGGACGGACGAUAACUGGGGGAACAUUCGGAGAUUGCCUGUUGGAAAUGAGACUAUACGGAGUGGUGGUGCUGGUGUCUACUAUCACAUAGAUUAUGUCGGAGAUCCGAGAGAUUACAAAUGGAUCAACACUAUCCAGCUCUCAAAGACCGUUGAACAGAUGCAACUCGCUUCAGCUCGCCAAGCAAAUCAGAUUUGGCUCCUCAACGUAGGUGAUUUGAAGCCCCUCGAGAUUCCGAUCAACCACUUCCUCGAUCUCGCCUACGAUACUUCAAUGUGGGGCUAUAGUAGUGUUCCUACUUGGCUGCAGCUCUGGGCCACUCGAGAAUUUGACUCUGAACAUGCUCCAGCUAUCGUUUCCAUCCUGGAUCGUUAUGGCAUGUAUUCUGCAAGAAGGAAAUACGAACUCUUGGAUCCCAGCUUCUAUAGUGUGAUCAACUACAACGAAGCAGAUGCCAUCCUUGCUCAAUGGAAACAGCUCGCUUCGGAUGCACAAGAAGUCUAUGACGACUUGGAUGACGAUCACCAAGCUGCUUAUUAUGAGAUGAUUCUCCAACCUGUGCUUGGAGGUCAGGCUAUUCAACAAAUUUACAUCCAAGCUGCGAAGAAUGCUCAAUAUGUUGAGCAGAAGAGGAGUAGUGCUAAUGGGGUGGCUAUGGAUGUUCUCGAGUGGUUCACGGAAGAUCAUACACUAACACAGAGAUAUCAUGAUUUGUUGGAUGGAAAGUGGAAUCAUAUUCUUGAUCAAACUCAUCUUGGUUAUUACGGAUACUGGCAACAACCCAUGCGGAACACGGCUCCACCCUUAUCAUUUGUGCAAAACCUGGAGACAUCUCUUGCUGGAAAUCUUGGCAUAGGAGUUGAAGCUUCGAACGCAACUGUAUCUGGGGACGAUGCAUAUCAUGCCAACUCGGGCGAUACCCUUACACUCCCACCUAUGGAUCCAUACGGCCCACAGACUCGGUGGAUUGAUGUUUUCUCUCGCGGAUUAGCUGGCUGCCAAUGGACACUCGCAUCCGCCCAACCAUACGUGAUAGUCUCUCCGUCUACAGGCUUCACUGGUGGGGAUAAUGGCACUGAUACUCGCGCCUACGUCUCAAUCGACUGGACGAAAGCACCAGCAGCACCAAACACCACCAUGGUCACCAUCAAUAUAACAUCGGGCUGUGGAUCUGCUUGGGGCAACUACCCGCAUCCCACUGUUGUUGUACCAGUCACCAAUGUGGCUGUCCCAUCAAAUUUCACAGGCUUCAUUGAAUCAGAUAAGCAUAUCUCCAUUGAAGCAGAACACACAACGAUGAACACUGCUGUCAACGGCGUCUCAUACAUGACCCUUCCCUCCUACGGUCGUACGCUCUCAGGCGUCACCCUGACCCCCGUCACCGCUCCAUCACAACCAGUUGGCACUGGACCGGUCCUCCAAUAUGAUAUCUACACCUUCACCAACGUCUCCAACGCGAACAUCACCCUUCUCCUCUCUCCAUCUCUCAAUCAGAAAGGCAAUGCAGACCCAUUAAAAUACGGCAUAGCCGUCGACAACGAGACUCCCCAAGUCAUUCAACCGAUCGGCAGCUAUACCGGCGGCAAUAUGCCCGCAGGAUGGGGCGGAGCCGUCUCAGACGGUGUCUGGGGAAUGAGUGCAAGUGGGAAUACUACUACCACGAGACACAACUUGAGCCAGACUGGCAAACAUACCCUGAAAAUCUGGUGUGUGGAUCCUGGCAUCGUGGUUCAGAAGAUUAUCAUUGAUCUGGGAGGUGUGAGGUACAGUUAUUUGGGCCCGCCGGAGAGUUUUAGGGCUGGUGUUGAUCAGAUUGGGACUUAUGAUGGGACAAAUUUUGCUGGGGUAAAAGUUAGUGAUGUGAUAUAG